AUGCCGCGUUGUGAGUUCAUCAACGACCUAAUUCCUCUCAUCCUCGACGCCGACGACCAUUGGUGGCCCAGACAUCUUGCAAAAUUGGCUACGGUGUCGCCAGCAUGGCAGUACUAUGUGAACAAGUGGUUAUACCCCUAUCCCGACAUUCAUUCGUUCGCGUCAGCACGCCUGCUAGCCGACACGCUCACAGAGAAUCCUUCUCUGGUCUCACUAGUCUCCGGAAUAUCACUUCGACCGGUAGCGAAGGAUUCGAGCAGCCGGCGGCCCAAACCCGCAGAACUGAAGGCAGUUCGAUAUCUUCUGAGCCUCGAGGGAUUGAAGCGCAUAGCGCUCGGAGGCGGAUUAGCAGUAAAGGCGGAGAGGUUCUUGAGACUGAUAGCAGAUCCAGAUAGCCUAACCGACUUGCACGUCGAUGGGAGCGCGUUGGUGGACUGUUUGUCCACCCGCCCUUCCCUGGAAUGGGACGAGUCUCUGACGUUCUCGUUCCCUGCCCUGCAGAAGCUCCGGCUUACGCAUCUUGAACUCGACAUUAUACCACCUUCCAUCCCCCAUCCAUCCCCCCUCUCGACCCUCGUUCUUGAGAGCAUUCACAUCUUUAGCGGACAUCUUACCUACCUUCUGAACGGUGCGGCCUCAUUGGACCGCUUGCACCUCACGACCGUUGACCCCGUCGGAUCAGACGAGCAGCUCAAAGUCAUGCUCGCCUCAUGCACGGUCGGCUGUCUUCAUUAUGAGACACAGAAACCUACCCAUUCAAACGGAUUUGUCUUCGACCUCGACGCGAACUGUGCAGAAAGCCUACGGUGCUUACACCUCGACGGACACUUUGUGGAUUUGGGGAUGUUGAAUACUGUUGGAGUGGGCACGUUUUAUCAGGUCUGGGACCCUCUCUUCCCUUCGGCGAUUAGGCCUGCCGUCCGGAACCAAUAUUCCACCGUUUGGGUUGUGGCUAUCGAAGGAGUUGGAGGAGAUUCGGGAUGCCUGGUUUAUGGGUUGUAUGCGUCGAAUAGUUGGCUGGUGAUUGUAUACCCUCGACCUCGAUUCCCCCAGUUUCCCAAGAGCCCCAUGCAGUCCAUCUUGUCCCGCCACAACUCGACGUCGCAACGCACGCCUCGGAAGAGCUCUUCCUUCCUGUCCUUACGUCGCGAGAAAGACAAGGCAGCUCCCAGUUCCCCCACGACGUCGCCGUAUGAUUCUCCUGGUCCUUCAAACACCUCGCCGUCCAGCUACUUCGAUGUCUAUCCUCCUCCGAAGACCGCAUCUACCACUCGUUCCGUAAAGUCGUGGAACAAACGGUCUUCUCCCAUGAGAGGCAGCCCGGUCCACGAUUCCUCCCCGACUUCCUACCACGACCCCAUCUCCACACACGCUGAUACCGCUGAGAGCCCUUCUUACACCUUCCCUUCCUUCGAUCCUUCCGACACCUAUUCAUCGACAUAUCGCAACCCUCCUUUGGGAAACGCCCACUAUUCGCGAACCCGUUCCAGAACUGGCCCCUCAGGAAAAUCUAAAUGGGAACCGCCCUCAUCUGCUGUUCCCCCAUUACGGUUCUCCAACUCAUCAUCAACUCAGCAUACAGAAACACCGCCGCGGACGCCUGACGACUACAUGGCCUCUACCGACUCCCUUGACAAUUUCCCGGUUGUCGUGGCGGCCCCAGUCGCCGGCGUGGAGUUUAUGGAUGCUUUGGUGGACGGAAUGAAUGGUGGCGACCUUGUCAGUGUCCCAAGAUCGUCUAACCGGUCGCGGUUCGGAAUUCCAAACCAUCACCCUCUUUAUCAACCACCUUUACCUACCCCUCCUCCAGGCGUUGUUCUUGGUGGAGGAGUGUCGCGGAAAGUGUUGCAGAAAGCGACCCCUCCUCCUGCUGAUUCGAGUGACGAUGACGAAUUUAUCCCGACGCCAACGUCGCGCACAAGGCGGAGGCGACCACGCCCAAAUGCGGCUAGGUCUACGUCAAGCUCGACCAUAACGCCUCCUACCAAAUCGUACGUUUCCGCUGAUGAAGCGAUCCUGCCCGCCAGUUUCGAACGUCGCAAGGAGCCUUUUGCUCGUCCAAGUACGUCUGCCAGUGCUAACGUCGAAAAUCGCAAGAGCAUGGUCCCUUCGAUAUCGGAGAUCAUUCGCAACCACACCCCACCUGAAAGUCAAGUUCGCUCGCGACCCCCAACGGUUCGUUCUUCGUCGUUGUAUACCCCAAGUAUACAGGGCCAUACUACUGUGCAAGAAGAAGAAAUAGAAUCAGAACCAGAACCUUUGACACGUGAAGAAGAAGCUGAACUCUUAUCACGGUCCUCCAUCGACAGCGUCGCGGAUGAGGUACAACGCACUAUCCGCAACCAGGGCGUUCUCAGGCCGCGUCCCCCUGUGCCCCCAAGCUCUGCCUCGGCGUUCAUUAAUCGCUACUCAACCGUAUCAGACAACACCAGCCUCUAUUCUCCAAGAUCAGAUCCAGGAGCUGCACCUUCUAUUUAUUCUUUCUCUGCACCUUCCAGCUACCUCCCAGGAUCGCCUCUGGAUAAUAAUUUCCUAACCAUGGCCAAACCGAACCCUUCGCAAGCCGUGGCGCAAUACCUUCGUUCUGCGAGGUUAACUACCCUUCUCAGACUUACUCGAUCUCCUCAUGCUUCUCAAGACAAUCCCCUGACAGUCAGUCUUUCCGAUCUGGGAAGUCCGACUGGAUUCCCGGUCGUCGUUUUCCUGGGCCUUGGCUGCGUACGCCACAUUAUGGGCCUGUACGACGAGAUGGCGGAAUGCAUGAACUUAAGGCUCAUCACUAUUGAUCGGUGGGGUCUGGGACGGACGGAACCACGUUCGAAAUCCGCCAAAGGUAUUAUGCAAUGGGCAUCGGUGGUCGAAGAAGUCCUAGACUUGUUGCACAUCAAGGAGUGCAGUAUCAUGGCACAUUCUGCUGGCGCACCUUAUGCACUCUCUUUCGCCAAUAAACUGCCGGCACGGAUUCGAGGGGAUAUCUGCCUGCUUGCUCCUUGGGUCGGCGGCAGUGAAAACAGUGGCUACAAGUGGCUAAAAUACGUGCCCAACAGUAUUUUGAAGACGGCACAAGCUGCAGAGUGGAAGAUUCAAGCGUGGAUGAUUGGCAAGCCCCCCACUAUCGCCUACGAGGGAAUUGGAUACACUGCACCUACCGUAUCGAAAACUGUCAACCUCAAUGGAUCGUCACCUCGGACUAGCGGAAACUUAAAUGCUUCUACCAAUUCGAAUGGGGACACGAGGUCUCGACCAAGCAUAGGAUCCAGCACUUUUAGCGAGUACGAUGAUUUGGGUGACUUCGAUGGUCGGUUCGAAAGCCGAAGUACAUUAGGCCUAGGUUCGCGGCCUGCAUCGCAUCAUGGCCACAACGACAGCAUAGUGUUUACAGCGAAGCGGAAGACAUCACGAGGCAUCUUUGAAAGGUUGAAGGGAUCGAGCACACCUCCCUCGCAAUCCCAGGAGAAGCUGUCUUCGACCGGCAAGAAGCUCAAGGCGCUCAAGUCUAUGGGUUCUCUCAAAGGCAAGAGCCAAUCCACUCGCAAAUCCGAACCCUCGAGCCCGCAACUUCCGCCUGCAUUGCGGAUCGACGUUGGUUUGGGUUUGGAAGACCUGGCAUGGACGAAGGCAGUAGACUCAAACGGCGUUAAUCUUGCAACAGCUACUCCGCGGAACGUCUCAGGCAGCAGUAGCACUACGCCACGUCCCAGAAGUUCUGGUCGGCGGUCAAUCUCGUUUACGUCGUCGCAAACCACCCCUACGUCCAUGCCGGCCUCCCCCUCUCCGACUGCGGCUGCCUCUUCCUUCGUUCAGAACGUGCAGCAGGAACAAGCUAAUCACCAAGUAGCUCUUGGAAAUGCCCUUAUUGCGGCUUCUCAUGCAGAGUCGGCGAAGGGAACCACGAAUGAUCUUCUGCAGAUCCUUAAUCACGAAAAUCAUUCGUGGGGUUUCUCAUAUUCGUCGUAUCCACACAAAGUCAGGGUGUGGUAUGGUGAUAAGGACGAGAAAAUCGCAGAGAAUGCGGUGAGAUGGAUGGAACGCACCAUGGGGACGGACAGGUGUUCUGUGAAGGUGGUCAAAGGUGCAGACCACGGGCUGAUGUACAGGAGCAGCGCGGUGGUAGACGUCUUAGAAUGGAUCCUCAGUGCGUGGAAGACAGAAGGCCGGUUCCCUCAGCCGUAUUCUGGCUUGCGUUGA